AUGGCAGCCACGGGGCUGACGAUCGUGAUUAAGCUGGGGACCAGUUCAAUUGUCGACGAAAAAACCCACGAGCCAAUUCUCUCAAUUCUCACAUUGAUUGUCGAGACGGUAGCCCGAUUGCGCAAAGAUGGUCACCGCGUGGUAUUGGUCUCGUCUGGUGCUGUUGGUGUUGGCUUGCGGAGGAUGGACUGGGAUAAACGGCCUACACACCUGCCCCGAAUACAGGCACUCGCUGCCGUUGGCCAAUGUCGGCUAAUGAGUCUCUGGGACAACUUGUUCUCACAUCUCCGAGUCCCAGUGGCUCAAAUUCUUUUGACGAGAAAUGACAUUGCAGAUAGAACUCAAUACAUCAAUGCUCAAAAUACCUUUGAGCAAUUGUUCGAGAUGGGUGUUGUUCCCAUUGUCAAUGAAAAUGAUACCCUUGCUGUUUCUGAAAUCAAAUUUGGCGACAACGAUACCCUUUCCGCGAUUGCAGCGGCCACCGUCAAGGCCGACUAUCUAUUCUUGAUGACCGAUGUUGAUUGUCUCUACACGGCCAACCCUCGGACAAACCCAGACGCCGAGCCCAUCGAAGUUGUAUCCGAUAUCUCGCUGUUGGAGGCUGAUGUCUCUUCUGCCGGCUCAGCCCUUGGAACCGGUGGCAUGAGCACUAAAAUUGUGGCUGCCAAGCUCGGAACUAGCGCUGGUGUGACCACUAUCAUUACCAAGAGCUCCAAGCCCGGAAACGUUCACGACAUUGUCAAGUACUUACAACGUCUUCAAGAAAACCCCGACGAGCAGGCCUCCGACAUCCCACCUCCUCCUCUCCAUACUCGGUUCCUCCCCUCGGAUACCCCAAUCCAAUCCGUCACCUUCUGGUUACUCCAUGGCCUGACACCCCACGGCACGCUAUACAUCGACCAAGGAGCCUACGACGCGAUCCUGAACCACAAGGCCAGUCUACUUCCCGCUGGAGUAGUCGGUGUCGAAGGACACUUCGCACAGCAAGAAGCCGUGCGGCUGGUAGUCGCGGAGAAGCCCUCGCCUGAUGCCCUUGAUGGUGACUUUAUCCACCACGCGCAGGAGCCUCGGGAAGUGGGUCGCGCACUGGUGAAUUACGGCUCCAUGGAGAUCGCGCUCAUCAAGGGCCACCGAAGCACACAUAUUGAGUCAUUGCUUGGCUGGUCUGAAAGCGAAUAUGUUGCCUUGCGGGAGAAUAUCUCCUUCCACCCGCAAGAAAGCCGUUCGGUCACGCCGUGUCUUACUCCCGCACUGGAGGAGUGGAAAUCACCCAGAUCGCCCCGGUCACCACCCAACGGGCGUUCAUAA